AUGGACGCCGUUUCCACGGCUAGCCCGAAGCGGAAUGCUUCCUCGGGUGAUCCUGGCUCGAGCGAUGCUAAUAUGAACAGCAAGCCUGGCACCACGGUAAAAUCGUUUGCCGAGGCGCUGGCCGUUGCCGGGGUCGAGCCGGAUUCACCCCCAAAAACAUUGUUGAAUAAGCGUAAUAAAGACGGACGAGGCCGAAAAAGCUUCAAGAUUGACCUUCCGGACGGUGUCUCGGAAUUGAAGGGAAAACGGAACAAGGUUACCGGACAUUACGUUGAGCCGGGCACCUCAAAAAUGGCCUCGGAACCCAACAGCCCACAACGAAAAAGCCCGCAAAAGAACGGCGCUACAAACGAUAUGCUGCGCAAACGUGUCGUUUCGUCGAAGCUGCGCGAUUAUGAGGAACUCUUGAAAACUGAGAGGAAGUCGAUGCCUUCGAAGCCUCACGCCGUCGUUCGCAUCCCAGGAAAACGCGGAAGGCCGAAGAAAGUGCGAGAAGAUACCGAAGAGCCGGAAAAGGACGCGAACGCCGAAAGCUCGACAAACGACCUGAAACCUGUUGUAAAAUACAUUCGACUACACAAGCGUCCGAUGUACAACCCGAACGCUUUCAAAGUGUUCGAGAGCGUCCCCGAAACCGCGCCCCGCUCAACCACGCCGAUGAAAACCGAAAUGAAGCCGGAGCUUGAUAAUGGUUCGCAUUCACCAUCGCGCAGAAGCGUUUUGGGCGCUGGUAGAACGAAUCUGGGCGAUCCGCACCUCGACGUCGACCUCGGGACCCCUAAGCAAGAAAUCAGUGCACCCAGCUCGAGCACUUCUCCCGACCGGUCGCGCUCCAUCUCACCAGAAACCAGCUUCGGCUCAUUCGACGAUAUUUUCGCUUCGCAAAAGACGGCACGCAAACGUCCCAAACGAGAACCGAAGGAUCGGUCGCUCCUGGUCGCCGAUUCUCCGUCCUCUGGGUCGGCCACCGAAGAACCGGCUGAAACUUCGUCGCAGUUCAUGACCAAAAGAUCGACCCAGGAGCCUCGCCCGAUCGUCGAUAUCGAGCUGCCGGAGUUCGACUGGCGUGGCCCCAGGGACGAUCAGUAUCCAGAUAAAGAUUCGCAGCUGUGCAUCGAUCCACGCGACUUCCAGCAAACCGCGAUAGGCAUCUCGUCUCAGGCUCGACGGCGCCGCAUGGUUCUACAACCUCUAAUAACC